AUGGAUGGAGCCUGGGUGGGCACCUGGAGGCCUCACAGCCCAUGAGGGCCUGUCAUAGCCCAGUUCACCUGCCUGGGACCCAAGUACUCGCUCCCUGGGACAACCGGUAAAAUUUCUCACAGCCCCGCCAAAACCAAAGCCCCCGCACACACAUUUUGAGGGGCCAAACCUCCCGUCCCAGAAAACUGCUCUCUGGGUCCUCGCUACUACAUCCUGCCCUCCAUCUCCGGGAAUGGGAAGUACCAGGCUCCAGCGCAGCCCAUCCGCAGCCUUCUCAAGAUCAAGAUCGAGGUCACCCCAGGACCAAGCGACUACUUCACCGACCGGGCCAGCAAGCACCUCUACAAAUGUGCACCGGUGCAGUCCAUGGCCUUCCAGCACAAGGACGCCCAAACCGGCCAGACCCCAGGAACCAGCAGCUGGGCCUUGGAGCUGCAGACACAUGCUGUGUGCCACACAAGACGGAGGCUUUGGCAGGAGGGGACUCACACGCACUCUCUUCCCAUUCCCCUUCCUGGUCCUGCCACCUACACCCUGCCUAGGCUGGUGGGACCCAACACAGCCUACACCCAGGCCAGCCCGUGCUACUCCAUCAGGGGGAAGAGCAAGCACAGCGGCUUUGCUGAAGACCUCGCCAAGACGCCAGGUCCUGCUGCCAUCCCCAGGGUGCCGCUGGACGUCUACAAAAGCAGGACUCCCAGGUUCACCAUGGGAACCAAAAGUAGCCUUGCAGGCGACAGAACUGUGAAGCCGCGGCCAGCAGACUACUGUGUAGGAAAG